UAACCUCCUACACCUCGAUAGUGCGGCUUUCACGGCACAGGCGAAGGAUCGACAAUACCAUUAGCAGAUUUGAGGUGGAUUUCUGUCAUCUGGACCGCUAGACAGCCAUGGAAGAACUCACAGCUUUUGUUUCGAAAUCUUUCGACUCGAAACCCAAGGAAAGCAGUAAGGACAGCAUCACGUACAGGGAAGUUUUGGAGAGUGGCUUAGCGCGAAGCAGGGAGCUGGCAAACUCGGAGACAAACCUUCAGGACAUUACCGAAACCAGCAACCAUUGCCCGGUGCACCUAUACAAAGAACACAUAGAGCUGGAAAAAGAAAAGCUUAAGGAAUUUAAUGUUACAAGGGCUUCUGAAGGGAUAUACGAUUGCAAAGAGAAGAAGGAGGAAGUGAAAUCCGAAGAUGAAGACGCACAGGGCAAACUCAAACAGAGACGGAGUAGGACAAAUUUUACUUUGGAGCAACUAAACGAGCUGGAAAGACUCUUUGAUGAGACACAUUAUCCGGACGCCUUUAUGAGAGAGGAGCUAAGUCAAAGACUCGGGUUGUCGGAAGCCAGGGUCCAGGUUUGGUUUCAAAACAGAAGAGCUAAGUGCCGGAAGCAAGAAAACCAAAUGCAUAAAGGUGUUAUUUUAGGUUCUGCAAGCCACUUGGAUGCAUGCAGAGUUGCUCCUUAUGUGAACAUGGGAACUCUCAGAAUGCCUUUCCAACAGGUACAGGCACAGCUGCAGCUGGAAGGUGUGACGCACUCCCACCCGCACCUACACCCGCACCUGGCGGCUCACGCUCCCUACCUGAUGUUCCCGCCCCCUCCUUUCGGACUACCAAUCGCGUCGCUGGCCGACUCCGCCUCCGCGGCGGCGGCCGUGGCGGCGGCUGCCAAGAGCAACAGCAAGAACUCCAGCAUCGCUGACCUCAGACUCAAGGCAGGACUUCUUGGAGGCCGGUGGCUGAGUCCCUUCCAGUCACAGAUCUCAACCCCGGGACCAUACAAAAAUGUCUGGAUGUCUGUCUGAAAACCUGCCUUUUUCAUGAUGGGAAGACUUUUUAAAAAAACGGGCGAAAAAGGCAGACAUCAGAACUAGAAUGGUGCGGCUUGACAUCCGGCGUGGAAGUAAAGACAUUUUUUUUUUCCGGAUACCCGACUUUGCAAAGAAGGCCGCGUUCGCCUCUGGCCGCUCUGGUCCCGUCUCUGCCCUCUGCAUGCGUUUGACUGAAGGAAAGAGCUCGUGGGGCUGGCCUCCAUUGUGACUUGAUGUCUGUCCGAAUAUGUUAAUCACUGCCAUGGGAACCGCCCGAUAUACUCUCUGCAAAGAUUUUCCUUUUGGUUUUGUCUCGUUGAA